UCAGUCCACUCGCGAGCUUGCGCAAGGAAACAUCUCCACAAUAUCCCUCAUUCAUAAACAGUGUUGCACCACAUUAUUGGAAUUCAUUCGCACUUUACGUUACUAAGAAACUAUCAAGAUGUCUGAAAGCAGCCAACUCGCCGCUGGACAGCAGCUCGUCAAGAGGACCAUGGAUGAGAUGAUCCAACAGAGACAGACCACCGAAAAGGUCACCAUCCAGGCCAGACAGGAGUUCCGCGAACACUACCAGGAGAGCUACGAGGAGGAGUUUGAAGAAGAGACCUUCAUUGAUCAGUAUGGAAACGAAACCACAAAGCGCGUGGAAUCGAGCAGCGAGAGCAAAGAACAUUCAAAGAGCGCCGACGUACAAGUCAAAGCUACCGGCUUGAAUGCCGCCCAAGUCAAGGCCCUCACAGAUUGCGCAAAUGAGGCGGGACAACUGGCGCUUGACUCCAAGGCCGCCAACUGAAUGUGUCUGCCUUAUCCCGGUGGUGGUCUCAAAUAGUGAUAAAGACUGUGUCCAGUGUUCCUUAUUAAGUAUUUUAUUUUAUCUAUUCAUGUAAGAAAAAUAUAAGAAUGCAAUAAAUAUAUUGAAAUGCA